CUGACCUACCUCGCGUCUGAACUACAUGCGUAAUCCUCCAGUGAAAACCCUGUUUCCGUGAUAAACGAACAGUACAUAUGCUGAGACUCCAUGGGUCAGACACCUUACUUGUGAUUCGUUCGGACAAAGCUGGGGAUUACGCUUUCAGCACAGGGGCAGUUGCUUCCCGCGCCAGCGCCACAAAGGCCGAGACAUUGUUGCUCGGUGGUGGCUUUUUUGUCGAGACCCAACAUACCGGUGCUCGGCAGUUCCCCUCCCUCCCCAACAUUUCGUCGCUUACCCGUCCGAUGAAGCGCUCCCGCAGGCACUCCAAGCCUCUGUUUGCCAGUGCCAGAGCAGAAAAGAAAAGUCUUGCAGCGCUCUGCGUCCAUGCAAAUUGCUUCAGCUGGAUACUGGUGUUCUAAGCAACAGCCUUUACGAUGGUACAUUUGCGGCUUGGCAUCUCGGGACCCUCGGUUCUACAGUCACUCGUUCUCUUCUAUGGACUUCUUCUUCUUCUUCUUCUUCUUCUUCUUCUUC